AUGGAUGGGGAAGAAGUUUGGGAUGGAGAAGAAUCUACUGAAUAUGGAGAAGAAAUGAAGGAAAAAGAAAAUGAAGUUAAGGAAACAGAAGAAGUUAAGGAGGAUGGAGAAGAAGUUAGGGAAGGAGAAAAGGUUAAGAAUGAAGAACAAGUUAGGGAAGGAGAAGAAGUCAAGGAUGGAGAAAUAAUUUGGGAUGGGGAAGAAGUGAAGGAAGGAGAAGAGGUUAAGGAAGAAGAAGAAGAAGAAAUUUUGGAUGGAGAAGAAGUUAAGGGUAAAGAAGAAAGUAUGGAUGGGGAAGAAGUUUGGGAUGGAGAAGAAGUUAUGGAGGGAGAAAUGAUCAUGGAUGGAGAAGAAGUUAAGAAAGGAGAAGAAAUUAGGGAUGAUGAGGAAGAAAGUAAGGAUGGAGAAGAAGAAGUUAUGGACAUCGAAGAUGUUAAGGAUGGAGAAGAAACUAAGGAAGGAGAAGAAGUUAGGGAAAGAGAAGAAGUUUGGGAUGGCGAAGAAGUUAAGGAUGGAGAAGAAGUUUGGGAUGGAGGAGAAGUUUGGAAUGGAGGAGAAGAAUCGAAGUAUGGGGAAGAAAUUAAGGAAGAAGAAGUUUAG